GUGAACAAAAUGAAAAAGAAAACGAAAGCUUGCUGCGGAGGAAAGAAGCAAAUCUCAACAACAGCCAACCAAAAAAAAAGGGCCAAAGGUUAGUUAUUUUACUGUCGUGGACAUUCCACUUUCUCUCAGUUUCUCGGGGAGAAAGAAGUCGGAGGAGAAAGAAGUGCGAGAAACUUCGACGUGUUUCCGUUGGAAACCGAUCGGUCUGCUCUUUAUGUCACCGAUCUGAGCCGUGCAACUCUCAUUUUCUCAAAGAAGAAAAGGACAUUAAAUGCCUAUAGAUCCAGGUGUCUCAUUCAACACUCUUCGCAUUGUAAUUGGCAUGUAAGCUCCAUUUUUUUCUCUCUUCCAGUUUGAGAUCUCAAUCGCAAUCAAAACCAGCUUCGUUUUACAUCUGGAGGCGUUUUUUGUUUGACUUGGGAUUCUUUGGUAAGCCCAAGGAACUUGAAACUGUACUUUUCAAAAAUGGUGAAUUAAUUUCCGCACUCUAAUUUUAAGCAGCGCUGGUAAGGCUUAGCUUGGCGGUUACUGGUGGCUCAAAAUUUUGAGUUUUGGCUUAGGGUUUUGCUUAAUGAAGCUGUUAAAUUGAUGGAAAUUUAGGGUUCGGAGGUUGUGUUACGUUAUGAGCCUCUCAAUUUGGUCGUUGUUGUUCAGUUAACGGUGCUGAACCUCUCCUUUUGGAAUGUACAGUCAUUUCAGUUAUUCUCAAAAUAUUGUCGAUUUAUAAAGAUUUCUCUCACGUAUUCUAUUUUAGAAGUAGGACUUGUGCCCUUGUUAGGGUCAUUUGGAAGUUGACUGCAUUUGUUAGUUGGAAACACAAAAAGGCGGCGAAUUUGGAGUAAAUUAUGGGGCAGGAUGGCUGCUUAAUUUUUAGAUACGUGGAGAGAUUGCGGUGAUUGUUUCAGAAGGGUAGAUUAGCGAAGUAGAGAUGCCUCCUUCUCCAGCAUUGAGAUACUCUCCAGGGAGGGAGCUGAGAGGGGAAAACCACAAACGAGGGCGUAGUUUGGAGAGCGGGUUGAUUGUAAGAGAAAAGCAUGAUGACCUUGCUUUGUUCAAUGAAAUGCAGUCCAAAGAAAGGGAGAAUUUCUUGCUUCAGUCUUCGGAUGACUUUGAAGACUCAUUUUCUACAAAACUGAAAUAUUUUUCAGAUUUCAAGCUUGGAAUUUCCGUUCCUGUUCGAGGAGAGACUAGUGAACUCCUUAAUGCAGACGAGGAGAAAAAUGACUACGAAUGGCUAUUAACUCCACCUGACACCCCACUUUUUCCUUCACUGGACAAUGAGCCACCACCAACUAAUGUUGCCAGCAGGGGUAGACCUCGAACUCAACCCAUUUCCAUAUCAAGAUCCUCCACAAUGGACAAGAGUCACAGAAGCAGUAGGGGCAGUGCAAGUCCAAAUCGUUUAAGCCCAUCACCUCGGUCUGGGAAUAGCACAUUCCAGUCUAGGGGAAGGCCAUCUUCAGCAUCUCAGUCCAGUCCAGUACGUCCAGCAACUCCAACCCGGAGGCCAUCUCCUCCCCCUGGUAAAAGUUCUGCACCUGCUCGAAGGUCUUCUACGCCUACCCCUCGAAGGACAAGCUCAGGCUCCAGUGGUAUUGUGGCCUCAUCAGGGGUAAGGGGAACUUCUCCUAUUAGGACAAGUAGAGGAAACUCUUCAUCACCGAAAAUAAGGGCAUGGCAGUCAAAUAUCCCAGGUUUCUCCUUAGAGGCACCGCCUAAUCUUCGUACUUCUCUGGCUGAUCGACCGGCAUCAUAUGUGAGGGGUUCCUCACCUGCAUCUAGAAAUGGCAGGGACGCAAGAUUUGGCAGGCAAUCAAUGUCUCCAACUGCCUCUAGAAGUGCAAGUUCAUCACGUAGUCAUGAUCGAGACCAAUUGAGUUCAUACAGUAAAGGUUCCAUAGCAUCAUCUGGUGAUGAUGACGUAGACUCUUUACAGUCUAUUACUCUUGGUGGAUCAAGCCAUUCAGUCACAAGGAAGCUUGGUCCAUUCCCAAAUAACAAGGCUCCAACCUUUAACAGGAAAUCAGCUAGAGUGUCAUCACCAAGUUCUGCUCCAAAACGAUCCUUUGACUCUGCUCUUCAUCAAAUGGAUCAUCGGAAGAGUCCUCCUAAUAUGUUCAGACCUUUACUGUCUAGUGUUCCAAGUACCUCUUUCUAUGUUGGGAAGGGAAGUAGUUCUGCACAUCGUUCUUUGGUGUCAAGGAACUCAUCUGUUACCACCAGCGGUAAUGCAAGUUCUGAUCAAGGUAUAAGUGCUGUGCUUGAUACUGAAGGGAGUGACCACCGACAUGUUGAUAUGGCAAGUGAAUCUGAAAUGGGACCUUAUGCUGAUGUUCAAGAAGAAGUUUUUGCCUUCGAUAAGAUGGAUGUAUUAAACCAGGAUGCUAGCUAUGAUAGACGUGAUGGUUCGCUUAAUAUUCUUAUUGAAGAUGCUGAUAGAGACUCUGCAAUUCAAUGUAACCCUGACAACUCUAAGGACUUAAGUCACCAUGGUCUUGAAGUGGAAAUGAGUUCAACUUCUGAUGCUUUAUGUGACAAGGGUGAUCUUUUGGAAGUUGAUAGUUUUGAAAAUACAAAAAUUUGUUCUAAAUGUGGUUGCAGGUAUCCUGUUACUGAACAGGUUGAAGAAGAAAUCAGUCUUUGCGCAGAUUGUAGUAGGCAACAUGAUUUUGUCGCUGGAGACAUCUGUGAUUUGACAACAUUAACUGCAGUGAACUCCCCAGCAUUGUCUAUGAAGAUUUCUGAAGAAGAUAAACCAUUUCAUAAAUUGGAAACCUCACUUCCUACAUCUGAUUCCCCAUUGCAAAUUACUGAUGCAGUUGAACCCUGGAUUUCUAAGCAAGAAGAAAAUAUCAAGCAAAGAGAAAAUUCUCUUGGAAUGUGGGCUGAGAGAGGUGAGCAGAGGCUGUGUUACCAUCAAGAGAUGGACCAACCUACCAUUGGUCAUUGCCUACCUGAUAGGGACACAGGAGAUCAGCAGUUGCAGCACUCUGGUGAGCAUUCUGGUUUUAAGGUUAACACCUCAGAACUUGCAGGCAUUUCAGUGCUGUUAAAGAGGUCAAGCAGCAGCAAGGGGCCGGUUGUUCAAGGUAGGACCUUUGCUACCGUAACUUAUGAAGAUCUGUCAUAUGCAAGAGACAGUUCUAACAGUUUCAGAAGCUCUAUUGGACAUGGCAGUAUCUCUGCAUCAUCCUCUGUUGAUUUUAGCUCAUCUAGACAAACAGAUACACCUGUGCAACGGCAGUUAAGUGGUAAAAAAUCUGAGUUGGAGUAUUGCAGAUAUGAAAUGAAUGCAAAGCCUCUAAGCUUUGCUUUGCCUUUGUCUCAAAGUUCAAGCAAUCAUUUAAGUCUUGCAACAAGCACAAAUGAAGAAAAUUUUGAGGGUUCUGUUGGCUGUCUGAAAUUUGACGAAGCAGAGGAAAUAGCUGUAGUUUCACAAGCCAAAGUGGUAUCUUCUGAAAAUUUAGAAGCAGAUUCAUCAUUCGCUGGUGCUGCUGUUCCCAAAAAAGAUGAUAUUGAGUGGAAUGAAAUUAGUAGCACAAGUGAUGCUUUAACUUCAGAGCUAUUAGAGGAUAAUUCAGCACCACUAUUUCAUCCCUCUGAAGACUGUGUUUCAUAUAAAAAUGGAGAUAACUUGCCAAGUAAUGCCAGGGUUGUCUCUGGUGUUGAUGCAUCAUCCAUCACUCAAUAUCCUACUCUUGAAGAAUGUAAUAUGCUGAAUGCUACUCCUGAUGGAGUAGAUGCUGUUGAGGCUGCUGGCCACAACUCUUUGGCUAAAAUCUCAGAAAUAGAAAUCGAGAAUUCCAGUCAGAGUACCUGCAGUUCAGAACUUGAUGGCUUUUCUCCAAAUUCUGAGAGAAACAAGAAGGCAUCCAUGGACCUAUCAGUUGCCAUACCUUCAGAUGUGGAUACUACAGCUUCUGUUCAGGACCAAAACACAUCAGAUCAUGCAGAUGGCAUUUUAGAGUCAACUGUCUUGGUAGAAUGUCAUGGAGGAAGUAAGGCCAGAAGCCUGACACUUGAAGAAGCGACCGACACAAUACUUUUCUGUAGUUCCAUUGUCCAUGAUAUUGCCUACCAGGCUGCAACCAUAGCCAUUGAAAAGGAAAGUUCAGUGCCAUUGGAAGGUUCCAGGCCAACAGUGACAAUCUUGGGGAAAUCCACUUCUGACAGGAAGGAUCUACGAGGGAGAACUGUUGGUCGAAGGACUUCCAAAUCUCAUAAAGCGAGGCAGAGGCGGGUAGAAACCGAUGUAAAAUCUCCGUCCACUAAGACUGAAAAUGAUGAGAAUGCUGAUGAAUCUUCAAUUUGCAACGUUGGUCUUCCUAAUGAGGUGGACAGUAUGAAACCUCCAAAGCUAGAAUCCAAAUGCAACUGCUCAAUAAUGUGAGAAGAAGUCAUUCAUUCAGACCAAACAUGGAUGUCUCCACCAGCCUCGACAUGAUCAUAUUUGGAGAGAUUGGCAAGUGCUUUGUAAUUUAAUGAUUUUGUGUUCUAAAGGCUGUUUGAAUUUGUUUCCAAUCGGUUCCACCUGAUGUUGGUGACAUAAUUGUAAAGUUGUUUAUUAGUAAAUUUCUUCUAGGUUGAUAUUAAAGAAAGGGUAGUGGGGGUUUCUAUUUACUUAUUCCUGUUUGUUUGGGGUCCAGUCCUCCCUUGGAGAAAGUGUGAAUUAAAGACCCUUACUCUCAUUCAUAGAAUCAUAUUCAUUAUUAUCAUUAUUAUCAUUAUUGAAAAUAUAGCUCAAUUUGCUUAGCUUCUCCUUCCAGGCAACGUCUGCUUCUGUGCUUUGUAUAGUUUGUGGGCUCAUAAUGUUAAUUUUUAUGAAAAUUGCUCCUGUUUUCAAA